CGCAGUUGGCGAAGGCAAAGAGUGUCAAGGGAGUAAGACUCAAGUUCGAUUUCUGGUACUGCAUUGGGUUGCAACUAUGCUGGCAACCCGAGUUCAAGUUCACUUCCUGGCAAAUAUCAUUUUCAGAACGAAGAUUAAGCUCAACCAACUCGAGAGUUCCUCUUUGGGCGAGUGAGAUCCUUGUCACCUUCGGAACGACAGUUCAUAGAUUCCCGUGCGUACGUUUGUACUCAAAUAGCCAUUGGACUCAGCAGAUUUGUCCCCAAGUUCUUUCCAGGUCCAUAACCCAUAUUUUUUCUUUGAAAUGCGUGCAUUUAUAAGAGGACCCAGAUGAGUUUCUUCAUGGUUUGACAGUGGGAGCUGUCCAAAGUUUGAAUCUUUUUUUUUUUUUUGAGUUUCUUGGUGAAAUCCCAAAUCUGGGCAGCCAUUAUUAGUCUCUCUGGACUCUGGAUCUCCACAAGAAUGGCUCCCAGUUCUGUGGUGGUCACCAUAGACAACUCCAACAAGAACAUCUCCCUGGUCGAGAUCAACGGCUCCAAUUCUCCAGCCGCCUUUCGUGACCAGCUCAAAAAGUCGGCAAAUCCGAAGACUUUCCUCGUUCUCAGAGCUCACAGAGCUCUCUCUUGCCUCCCAUGGCUAGCCAUGGCUCUGCGCUCAACCUUUUCUUCUGUCAAGAAACGCAUCGCCUUGUCCAGAAGCCGGGGCGGCGGCGGCGAUGGAGAAGAUCCCAAACACCGGGGGAAGCUUCACAGGUUAAUCAGAGCCUUUCUUGCCGUCUCCGUGGUGGCGUUGGUUCUGGAGAUUCUAGCUUAUUAUAACCGGUGGAAUUUCAGUCCCGGAGAGGUUCAUAACAUCCUUCAAUGGAGUUAUUUGUCUUGGAUGUCUUUCAGAGCCGAUUAUAUUGCCCCCUCCAUUGUUGGGCUUUCCAAGUUCUGUACUGUUCUUUUCCUCAUUCAAUCCCUGGACCGUUUGACGCUUUGCUUGGGGUGUUUCUGGAUUAAGUACAAGAAACUCAAGCCUGCAAUUGAUGAAGAUUCAUAUGAUCCAGAGGAUUCCCAGAGCUUCCCCAUGGUUCUUGUGCAGAUUCCCAUGUGCAAUGAAAGAGAGGUCUUUGCGCAAUCCAUAGGAGCAGUGUGCAAUUUGGAUUGGCCCAAGGACCGGUUUCUGGUCCAGAUUUUGGAUGAUUCAGAUGAUGAGGAUCUGCAGCAGAUGAUCAAGAAUGAAGUCUUGUCUUGGAAGGAGAAGGGAGUGAACAUAGUGUACAGACAUCGGUUGAUCAGAACCGGUUACAAAGCAGGCAACCUCAACUCUGCGAUGAUGUGUGACUAUGUCAAAGAUUACGAGUUCGUCGCGAUCUUUGAUGCCGAUUUCCAGCCCAACCCAGAUUUCCUUAAACUGUCUGUUCCUCAUUUUAAGGGGAAUCCAGAAGUAGGAUUGGUUCAGGCAAGAUGGUCCUUUGUGAACAAGGAUGAGAAUCUACUCACAAGGCUUCAAUACAUCAACUUGUGCUUCCAUUUUGAGGUGGAGCAGCAAGUGAAUGGCCAUUUUCUCAACUUCUUCGGGUUCAAUGGAACGGCUGGGGUGUGGAGGAUCAAGGCCCUAGAGGAGUCAGGAGGAUGGCUUGAGAGGACCACUGUGGAGGACAUGGACAUAGCGGUUAGGGCGCAUUUGAACGGAUGGAAGUUUGUGUUCUUGAACGAUGUUAGGGCGUUGUGCGAGCUUCCUGAGUCUUAUGAAGCUUACAAGAAGCAACAACACCGUUGGCACUCCGGUCCUAUGCAACUCUUCCGGCUAUGCCUCCCUGCCAUUUUGACUUCCAAGAUAUCAAUAUGGAAGAAGGGCAAUCUAAUAUUCCUCUUCUUCCUUCUAAGAAAAUUGAUCCUCCCCUUUUACUCAUUUACCCUCUUCUGCAUCAUACUUCCCCUAACAAUGUUCGUCCCAGAAGCCGAACUACCGGCAUGGGUGAUCUGUUACAUCCCCAUCACCAUGUCCAUCUUGAACAUUCUCCCCUCGCCGAAAUCCUUCCCCUUUCUGGUCCCAUACCUCCUAUUCGAAAACACAAUGUCGGUCACGAAGUUCAAUGCCAUGGUCUCUGGGCUCUUUCAGCUAGGCAGUGCCUACGAAUGGGUGGUCACCAAGAAGACCGGGCGGUCGUCCGAAUCCGACCUGCUGGCUUUUGCAGAGAAAGAGUCCAAGAACCCGUCCGGGGAGAGAAUCCAGAGGCGGUUAUCCGAAUCAGGCCUGGAAAUGUAUGGGAAACUGAAGGAUCUCGACGUCCAAACGGAGAUCGCGAAGAAGAAGAAGAAGAAGAGCAAUAGGAUUUAUAGGAAGGAGUUGACUUUGGCUUUUCUGCUACUCACAGCAGCUGCAAGAAGCCUUUUGUCUGCUCAAGGGAUACAUUUCUAUUACUUGCUGUUUCAAGGUUUGGCUUUUCUUGUGGUGGGAUUGGACUUAAUUGGAGAACAAGUGAGCUAAAGAAAAUAUGAAACAUAUAAAGAAAGAAAAAAAACAAAGGGUGGCCUCUUUAAUUUGGUCCAACCUUUUUGCAUUUUUUUUACUUCUUGGAGUCUACUGUGUUACAGUGAGUUGAACAGCAGAUAGUUUUUUACAGGUGAAUUUAAAGAUGUAACAUACUUAUAUAUUCUUUCCUUUUUUUUACUUCUUUAUUUUCCAUUUGUGUAAUUAUAUGUACUUUUACAAUGUUAUUAUUAUUAUUCAUAAUAAUAAUGAAUCAUUUAU